AAGCGGCGAUGGAGGAGCCCGAGAUGCAGCUGAAGGUGAAGAAAGUCACGGACAAGUUCACGGAGAGCCUGUACGUGCUGGCCAACGAGCCCUCGGUGGCCUUGUUCCGCCUGCAGGAGCACGUCCGCAGGUCCCUCCCGGAGCUCGCCCAGCACAAGUCAGACAUGCAGAGCUGGGAGGAGCAGAGCCAGGGAGCCAUUUACACCGUGGAAUACGCCUGCAGUGCCAUCAAGAACAUGACUGACAGCAGCGUGUACUUCAAGAGCAUCGACAGCCUGCUCAGACACGCCAUAGCCAUGAAGGAGCAGCUCAACACCGCCCAGGGGAAAAGCACUGUUGCCCCCCAAGCCAAGAAUCCUCCAGCCAGCUCCUGAUUUCCUCAAGGCCAACCGUCCUGUGCUGCCUUUCCCAGCCCAGCUCUGCUCUCCAGCCCUGGGAAGGAACGAGGAACCA